AGUAGAAAUACCAGAGCAACUCGAUGAGUAGACGUAGAGUUUGAUAUUCCAGUCCUUCUUUGUCUUCUUUGUCUUCUUGACUUGGUAUAACCUUCAUCCAGCACAACUUGUGAAAUACAUAUACGAGGACCCGUCCACAAGAAAGACAAGAUGGCCCAAACAAAGAUUAUCUACACCCAUACGGAUGAGGCGCCUAUGCUGGCGACCUACUCCUUGUUGCCUAUUAUCCAAACCUUCUGCAAAGCCUGCGACGUAAAAGUGGAGACUCGCGACAUUUCAGUGUCCGGACGAGUAAUCGCCGCUUUUCCAGAAUGCUUGAAGUUAAGUCCUCUCGUCUUCUAGAUGGAUUAAUUUUCAUACCAACGACAUUGAUACUCCAAAUCGAAGACAUAGAUCUAUCACUGGUGAAUGGACGAACUCGAACAGACGACGCAUGAUUUUUUUGAAAAUUUUUUUUGAACAGUUGUAGUUGUACACCAGGUCGUAGAAGUACUACAAGAACAACUACAAGUACAACAACCUUCAAAGAAAAAACCCAUACGAACACAUCUUCUAAUCCAAGAAGAGCAGAAAAUCGGGGAUCAUCUGGCAGAGCUGGGUGACCUCUGCAAGACUCCGCAAGCGAACAUUAUCAAGCUUCCGAACAUCUCCGCAUCCAUCCCACAACUCCAAGCAUGCAUCAAAGAGCUGAAUGAACAUUAAGAUUCACAAGACAGAGUCAGACUCAGAGAGACACUUUCAGGAUUGUCAGCAUGCCCACUCAUAGAUUUCUAAGUAAAAGUAUGUCUUGUUCCUGAAUUUUGAUCAGGCAUCUUCUACUAUUCAAUGAUUUCUCAACAUCUUCCACUACAACGUGGUAACGCCACUCUUUUACUAGGUCCUCGUUACUUACAUCAACAUCUCGAGGACGAUUGUGAUCAUACUUCAUGAUUUUUAGAUUUUUCACUGAAAGAUUUUCAGUUUCGUCCACCUGUGCUUGAAUUAAUUCGAUCAUCUGGUGCUGGUGAAUUUACUUCGAUGUCGAUCAUUCAUGUCUUUGCACACUAUGAGUCUCCUUCUGCACUAUGCAUUACCUCUAGUCCACCACUUCGUUCAUGCCACCUUCCCUCAAGCUUGCUUUCUCUUAUCGUCCUUCUCGGUUCCCUGCUCUAAGAAAAAGGCUACGCCGUACCCCUGUACCCAGAAGAUCCUAAGACUGAGGAGGAAAAAGCAGUGAAGGCUAAGUAUGCGAAGAUUCUAGGAUCUGCGGUGAAUCCGGUGCUUCGACAAGGAAACAGUGACCGCCGUGUCGCAGAUGCUGUGAAGGCAUACGCACAAGCCAACCCACACAGAUUGGGAAAGUGGUCAGAGGAUAGCAAAAGUCAUGUACUGCUAUCCAUUCGAAAAAUUAUCUGCUUUUUGCUUAUCUUCGUCGACGGAGCUCACGAAACGGUCUGAAGCCGUUGAGGGUCGCUGGGGGUGUCUAUUUUUCAUCCAAGAGGACUACUAAAAUUAGCACUGAUAAAUAACAGUACUUUUCGUUUUAAUUCUCUUUCUUAUCUUUUCUGUCCAAUCGAUCCAAUCUGACUCCGGCAGGUCUCUCAUAUGGAGGGCUCCGACUUUUUUGGGACUGAGAAGUCAUACACUGUCGGCGACUCGCCGAUGACUGUGAAAAUCGUCUUCGCGCCAGAAGGUGGCGAAGAAACUGUGAUGAAAGACGUUAUGGCCCACGACUUUCAACUUUGAUGAUGAUCUACAAUUUCCUAUCACUACUACAAUUUUUAUGUACGUUUUUUCUUUGCGCAUUCUGACUGGAAGAUUUCAAUACACAAUCUAUCUUCCCGGAUGAAUGGGCAUAUUACAUUUAGAUUGAACAUGACAUACAUUUACAUUCAACAUCCUCGGCGGUUCCUCUAACAAAAGCCUAGACCUGCUUCCUGGCGAAGUGAUUGACUGCUCGGUGAUGACCUGUUCGGCUCUGCGGGAAUUUUUUGAGGCUCAGAUGCAAGAUUGCAAAGAGAAGGGCAUCUUGUUCAGUCUGCACAUGAAGGCGACCAUGAUGAAGGUCUCAGAUCCCAUCAUGUUCGGACACUGCGUCAGCGUCUACUACAAUUAAGGCUCAACUUUCAAUCAAGGUCAUAGUUUAGAUUGGAGUCACCAAAUAUUUAGAUUGGAGUCACCAUUUAGAUUGGAAGAGGCGACCCCUUCUUGAGAGAACCAACAGGGGAAAUAAACGAAGGGAACAAAGGGGAGAGCUUUGAAGAGGGUCCCUUCCGUUCAGAGUCAGUGACCCUUGAAUGCUGAGCUUUAAUACAGGGACGUCUUUGAAAAGUACGCGGACUUGUUUGCGGAGCUCAACGUCACACCUAACAAUGGAGUUGGCGAUGUCUACGCGAAAAUCAAGGGGCAUGAAAAACGUAAUUAUACUUUAGUUCUUCAAUUCAUUCGGCUCCGUCUGCUUAUGCUGUUGAGUUAUUUAUUAAAUCCGUUGUCUAUAAUACCUUUCUUGUCUGUGGUAUCUUCUACAGCGUUUGGCAUCUUUUUGAGAGGAUACAACUACAAGGAGUAGUGCUGCAUCUUAUCGUAGUUACCAGCGACCACCUAUACCUAUACCUUUAUUUGUAAUCAAUAUUGCUGACCACGAAGCACAAAUCAAUCCCACUGCAGAAACCGAAGUCGAGGAGGCUUUGAAGGCUGUAUACGACACGAGGCCUCCACUUGCGAUGGUAGACAGCGAUAAGGGCAUCACAAACCUCCACGUCCCAUCCGACGUGAUCAUCGAUGCGUCGAUGCCUUGCGUUGUGCGAGAUAGCGGCAGAAUGUGGACACCUGAAAACACUCUGCAUGAUGUCAAGUUAUGCCUUUUGGAUGUUUAUCUCUUUGUUAGAAAUAGAAGAAGGUUGAAGUAGAUCUACAUCUAGUUGAGUCAAAAUAUUGAAUGAUGAGUCUCCUGAUGUUCCUACCCACAUUCCUAAAACACCAUAUUCCUGUACCUCUUUCAUGCCAUUGCGUGAUCCCAGAUCGCAGCUAUGCAGGAAUUUACAAGGCCACCUUAGAUUUCUGCCGUGCGAAUGGCCAAUUUGACGUCUCGACGAUGGGCAACGUUUCGAAUGUAGGACUGAUGGCACAGAAGGCUGAGGAGUAUGGUUCGCACGAUAAGACAUUCGAAAUGAAGGAGGCGGGAGCGGUAUUUUUGAAUUUGAAGUUAGUUCUUGCCUGAAAAUACAUCGUGAUGCGGUACUGAGGAUUCCUACAGCUAUUCUGAAGCACUUCCGAGACCGAGUACGAGUUCUAAGACCAUCAUAACUUUAGUUGAAGAAUUUGAUUGAAGAUUAUUCGCCUCCCGUUCCCCUUCUCAAACCAGAUGAAAGUGGUAGCAGCGGAUGGUACUGUCAUUAUGGAGCAAAGUGUGUCUCCGGGAGAUAUUUUCCGCAUGUGCCAAACUAAGGACGCUGCCAUCAAAGAUUGGGUAAAACUGGCGGUUUCGCGUGCAGUGGCUACCAAGGAUUAAGGCCAAUAUCCGUGAUAGUGUCUCGUGUUGAAUUAUGGGUGUCGACCUUGCCAUCCUUCUGUGCGACCUGGUUAAUUGUUUAUCGCAGUCGUGCUGUAAACGUGUGUAAGGCUAUUUUCGCUGGCAAGACUUCAAACGCUUUUGCUUGUGAUGGAAUCUAUCUAUUUAAAGCGUCUAUGCAUAGCUCUUCUUUACAUCUAUGGAUAGCUCUUCUACAUCUACUUAUGCAUAGCUCUUCUAUGAUGUGAAGAUGGAAGACAGUCAGAAGUCCUCGUCUAUGCACCCCAGCUCUUCUACCUCUAAAGCACCCCAGCGGUUUUCUGGCUCGACUCUGCUCGCGCACACGACGCCGAAAUGCUGAAGAAGGUGAACGUCUACUUGAAGGACCACGACACCACUGGGUUGGAGAUCCUUAUCAAGUUAAGCUAUAGCAUCCUCAGACAGCAUCCUCAGACAGCUGAAUGGUUCUGGUAUUUGGUAACCUGAAUUCGUUCACAAGGAUUGACUCUCUUCUUGUUUUCCCUUAUGAUCAGAAUCAGGCUACCAAAUACCAGAACCAUUCAGCAGCAUCCUCAGACAGCACCUUCGUCAUCUCCUCAAUAAUAUCAUCAUCCUUGGUUCCCUGGCUCUUUUUCUACUUGGAAUUGAUGUCAUCAACAUGGAUAUUGUUUAGUCUCCAAUAUGUAAGUAGUAUAAACACGUAAAUAAAAGAUUUCUAUGCGAGAGCGAGACUUCUUGUGCCAUGCCAACAUGAAGCCAGGGUGCGACCGCAUCUCGGGGAUGCGACCGCGGUAAGGCUCUAAGCAAGACCCCAGUUGACGCCAUUAACUACAGCAUGGCGAGAUCGAGAGAGGGGAAGAGCACCAUCAGCGUCACAGGUAACGUGUUGCGAGACUACCUGACAGACUUUUAAGGCUCAACUUUCAAUGGUCAUUGGAGUUGGUCACUGGCUCUUCGCAACGCGUCCUCUCAGGAAGCUCUUAACAAAGUAGGGGAUCCAGGCAACUCUGUUGUAGUGGAAGAUUCUCCCUCAUCUCCUCUUCGGGCGAGGACUUACCUUCCAACUCAGGUGAAGUACAACUUAAGCUUAACGACGAAUGGCACUGUUUUUUAGAGUCUGACACGUAUUUCAUUCGAGGGAAAGGGGAGAACUUUGAAGGGGGUCCCUUCCGUUCAGAGUCAGUCACCAUUGAAGGCUGAGCUUUAAGACUGGUUUCCCAUUCUGGAAUUGGGGACAAGUGCCAAGAUGUUGUCCAUCGUGCCUCAGCUUGCUGGCGGCGGAAUGUACGAAACGGGAGCUGGUGGAAGCGCACCUAAUUAUGACGAGAAUGUAGUCUUGGUUAUAUUACAUAAGUAGAAGUUAAAUUAAUGCCUUACACUCUUUGGCUUUAAAGUUACAUAAGAAGGGUUGAGGUUGUACUUGUUCAUAUUCCUACUCGCGAGCCUUUUCUCACGUAGUGAGACGUUGAUGUUCAUGUUGCGCUUGCGCCUCUACUUGGAAGUGGAUCUACAGGCUUCUGUCAACAAUCUUCUAACCUCAGCACGUACAACAGUUCACAGCGGAAAACCACUUGCGAUGGGAUUCUUUGGGGGAGUUUUUGGCAUUGGCGGUCUCUCUAGAGGAGAUCGGAGUCAAGAGCAACAAUGCGGCAGGAAAAAUUUUGUUAUGAUGCAGUUGAUCUUGAUAUUUUCAUUUUCGAAAUCAUAUGCUCAGACACUUAUUCCUUGCCUUAUCACUUGGGAUGCAACAUAUCUUGAAACUUUCGUUUCUUCCAUGCACCCUCUAACUCAAGCAGCAGCACUUCAUAAAGCAAACACAAAGUUCUUGGAGAAAAAGGAAUGCCAAGUCUCUAGGAAAGCGGGUGAGCUGGACAACCGUGGAUCCCACUUUUUCCUGGCAUUGUAUUGGGCACAGGUAUUUUGAUUUUCCUAUCGCCAUAUUUAUCGUAGAUAUCCACCAGCAGAUGAUCGUGUUUUAGAUUGAUUCCAGCGGAGACAAACAUCGAUGUAAACUAUCUAGUUGUAGAUCAUAUUCAGCAUGUGGACGUGGAGGCGGGGGAUUAUAAUUAGUAUUUUUGUCUUUCCCCUCCUGCUCCUCCAGGCCUUAUCCGAGCAGAGCGACGAUAAGGAGCUCGCGACGAAGUUUUUGGCUGUGUAUAACAAUUGGAGCGCUAACCAAGAGGAGAUUGUGAAGCAACUGAACGAAUGCCAGAAAGUCACAGUGGACAUCGGUGGCUACUAUCAUCCAGAUCCGGAGAAAACUUCGAAGGCAAUGCGCCCCUCACCGUUGUGGAACGACCUACUGGACAAAGCCGGCAAGGAGGUAUCAGUACUGAGUUAUUUUUAGCUUUGGAGCUUUUCAUUUUUGAAGUAUAGCUUUUCAUUUUUGGAGCUUUUCAUUUUUGAAGUUGGGUAAUUGUUCUCAUGAAUGGCUCUGGUAUUUGGUAGCCUGAUUUUGAUCAUAAGGAAAAUACGAAGAGAAUCCUUGUGAUCGAAUUCAGGUUACCAAAUACCAGAACCAUUCACCUCAUUUCUUGUUAACUGGGCGCGGAGCCUGUCGAGGUAGUUCACUCGAAAAUUUGUUUUUCUGUUAUUCAUCGUAUCUCAUCUUAAUCUUACACUUAGAGAUGAAAUUAUUGACUCAGUUCUAACAUCACAUGAUCACUAAGGUUCAAGCCGUGAAUGGAACGCCAACUGCGCCAGUUACCGGAACAACCCCAGAAAAGCCAAGGCGCAAAUCCGCUUGCUGCGCCGCAUAAUGAGUUGUCUCCUUAUGUUCAUGAAACGAGCAGGAACCCGACUAGAAACAUUUGAAAGAAUCUUUACGGUAACACUUAUGUCGGAUAUUCUGUAACUGCAAAGAAUAAAUGUCUAGAGGUUUUUUGACUGAUUUUGUUCUAUUCUGUUUCCAGUAUUUUGAAGUUGUCAGGCAACCAUGUCAGCUUCAGCUGCGUAGUCGGCAAUGACAUGCAAGAUCAUGCGAAAUCGCAUUUCAAGUUCGAUAAUUUCGAUAUCAAUAUUGAUUUUCUUUCAUGUUUUUACAGCGGUGUUGAGUAAGUCCUAGUGCACUAGGUGAUAGUCUAUUACUUAUCUAUCAUCUUCAUCUAUCCAUAAAAAGAUUUCACUUUUCCGUUCAAGGAUCCAGUUGUUGUGUUAGAAAUGAUCCAUCUGCUUCUACUCUCGGAGGAAGAUCAAGCUGCCGAUCCUCCUGAACCUGGAAAUCUGAUGUUGUCAAUAGUGUAGCAUAGUUAUGGUUAUCCUUUUUUUAGGUAUUAUUUGAUGACUUAGAGUUAAAGUUUUUAAACAUGAGCCUAUCGUUUUCGUUGGUAGUAUGAAAUUGAAAAUGCUCUACAACAGCACAGCUAAGCCAUGAGCUCAACUACCCCUAUUUUUCCAUAUUAGAACAAAGGUGGAACAAUAACCGAGGGUGGAAAAAGAACAUUUGUGUGCGUGUAUCCAUAUCAGACCGUCUUCAUACUAGACCGUCAGAGACAUGCUAUGAGUGGUAAUCGAUCACAAGUGGGACCUUUAGAGCGUCGUGACUGAAAGGUUCAUCGCCAAGGCACGACAAUUCUUGCAUAGCUAAGACGAAGACACUGGUGGUUGUCAGUGGCAGCGUG